CUGACGUCACCCAAGGUCUUUUACCCUGCACAUGAGUACAUCGUGUGAGUUGUAGCCCCGCCCCUAUCCCCGGACUCCGCUAUGGCAGCUGGGCACGUUGUGAAGGUCGGUAUAAUUGGUGGAUCUGGACUGGAUGAUCCUGAUAUUUUGGAAGGAAGAAGCGAGAAGUAUGUUGAAACCCCCUUUGGCAAGCCAUCAGAUGCUUUGGUUCUUGGAAAAAUUAAAAAUGUGGACUGUGUGCUACUUGCAAGACAUGGCAGGCAACAUACGAUAGCUCCUUCAAAUGUAAACUUUCGAGCAAACAUUUGGGCAUUGAAGAUGGAAGGCUGUACUCACAUUUUGGUCACCACAGCUUGCGGAUCACUGAGAGAGGAGAUUGAGCCUGGAGAUAUUGUUGUACUUGACCAGUUUAUUGAUAGGACCACGAAAAGACAGCAGACGUUUUACGAUGGGACACCCAGCUGUCUCCCAGGUGUCUGUCACAUUCCUAUGGCUGAGCCUUUCUGUGGCAGAACUAGAGAGGUCUUGAUAGAUAAUUCCAAGAAGCUUGGUAUAAAAUGCCACUCAAAGGGUACAAUGAUCACCAUUGAAGGUCCACGUUUCAGUUCCAAAGCUGAAAGUCACAUGUUUCGGCUUUGGGGGGCUGAUGUUAUCAACAUGACCACAGUUCCUGAAGUGGUUUUAGCUAAAGAAGCUGGGCUCUGCUAUGCAAGUCUUGCAUUGGCAACAGACUUUGACUGUUGGAAGGAGCAUGAAGAGGCUGUCUCUGUAGACAAGGUGCUGAAAACAUUAAAAGAAAAUGCCAAUAAAGCAACAAGUAUACUGCUGACUGCAAUACCUCAGAUGGCAGCCAUGGACUGGACAGACACAAUUCAGAACAUGAAGUGCACAGCUGAACUUUCCGUCAUGUUGCCAAGACAUUGAGAAAGCAGAUGAAACCUUCAUUCAAAGGGAAAAUAAAAGCGCCAGGAUAAAUCAAGCAGGACACAGGACCAUAUGUUCUUAGUAUACUACAUUUUUUUUUUUUUUAACCUUACUAGCAUUCCUGUAUACAGUACCUUGAGAACCUACCUGUAAUGUAGUAAAAUUAUAGAUAUU